AGCUGCCAGCGGGGUGGCUACCGCCGCGGGUGUUACAGCUGCUUUAGCAGCAGCGGCCCCCGCCCCCGGGCACCUCUCGCGGGCCCUCGAGGGCCCUAGACCUCCGGCCCCGCGCAAACAGCGGCAGGAGGGGGCAGCAGGAUGAAUGUGGGCACGGCACACAGCGAGGUGAACCCUAACACACGGGUGAUGAACAGCCGUGGCAUCUGGCUCUCCUAUGUGCUGGCCAUCGGGCUUCUCCACGUCGUGCUGCUCAGCAUCCCCUUCGUGAGCGUCCCUGUCGUCUGGACCCUCACCAAUCUCAUCCACAACAUGGGCAUGUACAUCUUCCUACAUACGGUGAAGGGGACACCCUUCGAGACCCCGGACCAGGGCAAGGCAAGGUUGCUAACCCACUGGGAACAGAUGGACUACGGGGUCCAAUUCACAGCGUCUCGGAAGUUCCUGACCAUCACACCCAUUGUGCUGUACUUUCUCACCAGCUUCUAUACCAAGUAUGACCAGAUCCAUUUCAUCCUCAACACUGUGUCUUUGAUGAGUGUGCUCAUCCCCAAGCUGCCCCAGCUCCACGGAGUCCGGAUUUUUGGAAUCAAUAAGUACUGAGGGUGCAGCCCCUUUCCCUGCCCAGGUGGCAGGAGGGGUAGAAGCCUGGCUGUUGCUGAAGACAGAAGAAGCCUCUGGGUACUGCCAGAGAUGGGGGUUGAGCCUCUGGGCCCUAUUUCCCUCCUCACUUCCCCCAGUAGCCGACUUGAAGUAGCUUGUAGUGGGGUUGGGGUAGGACCUCCCCCACUCCCCGACCCCCGGGCUCUGACCUUUCUGAUUUUUUGGAUCUUUUUCUUUUUCCUUUUGGACAGAGACUCCACAGGGGUGGUCAUGGAAUGGGCUGGGCUCCCAGGCUGAACACAGACCUGUGAGGUUGGGACAAGAGGCCAGGGACAACCCUGCUCACUUGCUCGUUCUCAGACCGCUAAAGCACUUUACCCCCUGUGAGGGGACGGUACAGCUUCUAGAUUGUUUCACUGUAGUUCUGAAGUUUUUAGGAUGACCCUCAGUGUGUGCUUGUAUGUAUGAAAGCCAAUGCAUGGUGGUGUCUCAUCCCUCCGGGCGGAGAACCUCUAAUCAAAGUCUCAUGCUUUCGGCAGCUCCCCUACAACCCACCCACCCUAGUAGUAGGUGGGGGUGGGGAGGGUAAGGAGAGAGAUGGUGGGGUGGAUGGCCUGGUCCCAGGGGUGAUGGGGUCAGGG